UUUCCUUUCAGGAACGUGUUCGGGCCCGCGGCAGGGGGCGGGGUCGCGCCUCCUCCGCGGCUCUGGUUCCAGUGGAGUCUCACGGACGCGGAGAUGGAAAUCCCGAGGCUGCUCCCGGCUCGCGGGACGCGACAGGGCGGCGGCGCUGGCAGCCCCGGGGGCGGCGGCCGGAUCCACGGAGGUCCUGACCCGCGGGCGGGCCAGGCCCCCGCGCGCCGCCUCCUGCUGCUCCGGGGCCCCCAAGAUGGCGGGUCCGGGCGGCGGCGUGAGGAGGCCCGCGCGGCCUCCUCGGGCCCCGGCCAGAGCCCGUCGGCGCCUAGGCCCGAUCGCGGCAGCGGCGGCGGCGGCAGUGGCGGCGGCGAUGACUUCUUCCUGGUGCUUCUGGACCCGGUGGGUGGAGACGUAGAGACCGCGGGCGCGGGCCAGGCCGCAGGGCCCGUGUGGAGGGAGGAGGCCGGGCUGGGCCCGCGGCUCCAGGGGGGCGAAAGCGGCGCGAACCCUGAGGGCCGCCCUGCGCUGGGCCCCAGCUGCCUGUCUGUUAUCCCCGCCCCAGUCCCGGCCCUGGCCCCGAUCCCCGCCCCAGGCCUGGGCCCCGCCGCGGCCUUCGCGGGCACCGUCACUAUUCACAACCAAAACCUGCUGUUGCGUUUGGAGAACGGCGUCCUCACCCUGGCCACGCCCCCGCCGCCAGCCUGGGCGCCUGGGGUCGCCCCUACCCCUCAGCCCCGGGGUCUGAUCGCCCCGCAAGCGGGUAUCCCGCAUGCCGCGCAGCCUGGCGACUGUCCCGAGCUGCCGCCAGACCUCCUGCUGGCCGAGCGGGCGGAACCCGCGCCGGCCCCAGCGCCCGAGGCGGAGGCGGAGGGCCCAGCUGCUGCUGAGAGCCCCCGCGGGCCCCCUGGGCCGGGCCAGGGCGUGGUGCUGUACCUGUGUCCCGAGGCGCAGUGCGGACAAACCUUCGCCAAGAAGCACCAGCUGAAGGUGCACCUGCUGACGCACAGCAGCAGCCAGGGCCAGCGGCCCUUCAAGUGCCCCCUGGGCGGCUGCGGCUGGACUUUCACCACCUCGUACAAGCUCAAGAGACACCUGCAGUCACACGACAAACUGAGGCCCUUUGGGUGCCCUGCAGAGGGCUGUGGCAAGAGCUUCACCACCGUGUAUAACCUCAAAGCACACAUGAAGGGCCACGAACAGGAGAACUCAUUCAAAUGUGAGGUGUGUGAGGAGACUUUCCCCACACAGGCCAAACUCAGCGCCCACCAGCGCAGCCACUUUGAGCCAGAGAGGCCCUAUCAGUGCGCGUUUUCGGGCUGCAAGAAGACGUUUAUCACAGUGAGUGCCCUCUUUUCCCAUAACCGCGCCCACUUCAGGGAACAGGAACUCUUUUCCUGCUCCUUCCCUGGUUGCAGCAAACAGUACGACAAGGCUUGUAGGCUGAAAAUUCACCUUCGGAGCCACACUGGCGAGAGACCGUUCCUUUGUGAUUUUGAGGGCUGUGGCUGGAACUUCACCAGCAUGUCCAAACUCCUAAGGCACAAAAGGAAGCACGAUGAUGAUCGGAGGUUCAUGUGCCCUGUGGAAGGCUGUGGGAAAUCUUUCACAAGGGCCGAGCAUCUCAAAGGCCACAGCAUAACCCACCUGGGCACAAAGCCUUUUGUGUGUCCCGUGGAGGGCUGUUGUGCCAGGUUCUCUGCUCGCAGUAGUCUCUACAUUCACUCCAAAAAACACUUGCAGGAUGUGGACACUUGGAAAAGCCGAUGCCCAGUCUCCACUUGUAAUAAACUCUUCACAUCCAAGCAUAGCAUGAAGACCCACAUGGCCAAAAGGCACAACCUGCGCCAGGAUCUCCUAGCUCAGCUAGAAGCUGCAAAUUCUCUUACGCCCAGCAGUGAACUUACCAGCCAGGGGCAGAAUGACCUCAGUGAGGCAGAGCUUGUGUCUCUCUUCUCUGAUGCACCUGGUAAUAGUUCUGCUGCAGUCCUGGACACAGCAUUGGUGAACUCUGGGAUCUUGACUAUUGAUGUGGCUUCUGUGAACUCAACUCUGGCAGGGAACCAUGUCCCUGCUAGUAAUAAUAAUUCCUUAGGGCAGGCAGUGGAUCCUCCCGCCUUGAUGGCCACAGGUGACCUUCCUCAAAGUCUGGAUACCUCACUCUUUUUUGGAACAACAGCCGCCGGUUUUCAGCAGAGCCCCUUAGAUAUGGAUGAUGUCUCAACUCUAAGUGUGGGGACAUUGGGAUCUCUGGGCUCUUUGGCUAUGAAAAACUCGAGUCAAGAGCCCCAGGCGUUGACUCCCAGCAGUAAGCUAACAGCAGACACAGAUGCUCUGACUCCUUCAAGCACCCUUUGUGAAAGCAGUGUCUCAGAACUACUGCCGCCAACCAAAACGGAAUGGAAUGUACAUCCUGACUCUGACUUUUUUGGACAAGAGGAAGAAACCCAGUUUGGAUUCUCCAAUCCAGCAGGGAACCAUGGGUCUCAGAAAGAAACAGAUCUUAUCACAGUGACUGGCAGCUCAUUUUUGGUAUAAACUAAACUCUCUUCAUUCCUUGCCACGUGGCUUACUUUUAUUGAUGACACUCGAUUUUAAGAAUUCUAGACUAAAUGUUUAACUGCAGUCAUUUCUUUCAGGUUUGAAAAAGAACAGAGCCCUGGGCUGCAAGCUUGGAGAUUUAAAUUCUGAUCUUGAGACUGGAACUGACAAGUUGUGUGACCCUGAGCAAGUCACUUAUCCUAUCUGAGCCUUAAUUUCCUUAUUUAUAAAAUGAGCUGGUUUGAAUAGCCUGUUUCUAAUGUCAUUUCAGCUCUCUUUUCAUGAUUUUGUUCUCUUUCUUGAAAAUUUAUGACUUUUUACAUUAAUUUACUAUUGCAUAUGUGUCCAAUGUAAUGAAAAGUACAUUGAAAGUUAAUGAUCUGUGAACUGGUGUUUAAAAAUGUAAUGGAAAUUUUACAUAGUGCCAAAAUGUGGUGGAGCUUGAAAAAGAAGAAAGACGAAAAUAUGGGCUGGUUCUCUUUACCUGUUUGUUCCUAGCCUUUUUUUUUUUUUUUUUUUUUUAUGAUAGGCUGUGUUGGGCAAAGUGCCAGGGCUUUGAUGUGACUCAGACUUAGAAAUAUUGACUUUGUGGUGUUGAAUAAGUGGCCUUAAAUAAGUCAUUUCUUUUCACUAACUUUAGUUCCCUAGGUGUAAAGCUGUCAUUGUAAUUUACAUAUACGUGAUGCAUCUUAGAGUUGUUUUUCUAUUCUAGUAGUUUUAAAGGAAAAUGUUUUGUAUUUUGGCAUGUUUUAGCAAAUUUUUAUUACCUUUCCUGCCCCUCUUAUUCCCUUCCUCAAAGAGAAUAAAUUAGUAUUAUUUGAGAUCACACUUGUGCAGGCGAUAAGACUUUAUGUGGGUUAAGAGGCAGGAAAGGGAAUCUCUUUCUUCCACAGACUGAAAAUUUUCUCCACGCAUUUCUGUGACUUUGCCAUCAUGUCCAUUAGACCAAAUUAUAGUGUCUUUGUUCUGCAUUUAAAGCCAUCCAAUAGAGUGACUGGAGAACCUGUGCUUCCAAAAAAAUCUGGGAAUGGACCAGAGUAAGAUUUUCUCCCAUCUGUGCUCCAGAGAGCUUAUUGUUUGUCUUCUCUUUGCAUUUUGAGUAAAUAUUGUGUCUUUUGUGAAUAUAGCAUUUUAGAGUUAGCACUUUCACAACUGUUAUGUUUCAUUCUCAUAAUUUUGUGAGCUAGUUGUGGCAAAAUUUCAACUAUAAAUCAUUCUAAAAUUUAUCUAAUUUGCAUUACAAAUGAAUUUUACUUAGUAACUCUGCAGUGUGUAUAUAUAUAUGUAUACAUAUAUAUAUAGUCCUAAUUGCAUGUAUAUGUAUAUAUACAUAUAAACAAUUUAUAUAUAAAUCAACUUUCAUUCUACUUUUCUGAGUUUCACGAUCACUUUUGUUUAUGACCACUUGUUCUAUUCCAACUUAGUUGAUGUCUGUUACCUUCUACCAGCUCUGCUCCCUCUCCAGCCUAUUUAGCAUGUACACACCAGUCCUUGCCAUGAUCUCUCUUUUUAAAUUAGGUAUGUCUUUUCAUGGUUGUCACCAUCUCUCAGCUAUUCUCAUGACCCAUCUUUCAGUCUCAAUAUUUAUGCAAGUCUGAGUGUGCAUUAAGAAAUUAUUUUGUGGAUUUAGAGGUCAGUUUGUUUAUAUAUUAAUCAAAUAAAAAUGGGGAUAUUUUAUGUAAGGUUUUAGUGAGACAGGUAGUUCUAUUUUUCUAAAUUUUUUCACCUUAUAGUUCUGCUAGCAAACACUAUUAGUUGCUUUGAAACAUUCUAAUGCAGUACUCUUUGUACGUACAUUUGUCGAUAACAAUUAUCAUAGCACUUUGGCAGUGCACUUUAUAAUUUGCCAUUUUAAAAUGCAUCUGUACUAAUUUUAAAAUUGGUUGUACUCAUUCAGUGAAACAAACAAAAAGUAUAUGUAAUUUGUAAUCCAAAGAAAUUGACAGAGUGUGAUUGUUUCUAAUCAUUUAACAGUUCUCCCUCAGCACUUUGGAAACCUUUUAAUAAGCAUGUUUUAGAAAUGUAUUAGUUAAGUUCUCUUAAAUAAGUUAUUCUUCUUUUCCUACAGAUGGAAUUAUGAGACUUGAGGUGAAUGUGCAGGUCGUAGGUAUCUGUUAAUAUAUAUAGCCAUAAAAUAUUUAAAAAUCCUGUCACUUUGUUUUUUUAAUCCCUCAUUUUAAAACUAUCAUAAAAUAUGUUUUUGUUACAUUCUGUGGAAUUGUCAAAGGACAGAUUUUACUCUUUUCGAAGAUAAAAUCUUGUAAUUAUUUGUGGACUCAUGGUUUUUUUCAUCAAUUUGUUCAAAAGAUUUCCCCUUCAAUACUAUUUUCCCAACAUGAUACUGAAAAUGGCAUGAAAUUGCAGUCAGAUUUUUCAUUAAAAACAUGAUGGUUACAUCUUUAUAAGUGUUGACAUAAAUUUUCCAUUAAAAAAUGGAAUAUGAUUUAAUUAAUUUGCCUUUUGUGCUUCUUCAGUCCUUGGUUUGUUAAAGUUUUGCAAUUUGAAAACACAGCAACAAAAUACUUUGCAGGAAGGUUUGCAUCCAGAGGACUCUGUUGAAUAUGUUCAUCAUGAGUUAAAAUAUGUUUAUCUUGACAUUUUUACCAUGAUCUCAUUGUAGUGUUACAUAAUUGAAAGCCUUGAGUAGUAGAAGUGAAUCUUAAUAGAAUAUGAGGGUCAUUUUUCUCUAGAUUAAAUACUUCAUAUUCCUGUCCAGGAAAAAUAAGGCUUUGAUGUAACAGGGUUUUUAUGACUAUUCCUUGAUUCUAGUUAAAGAAUUGAUUAAUUCCCUGUUUGGUAAUAUUCAUAAUCCCUUAGUAAUUAUUGAUAUCAAACAGAUCCACUUGAUGAUUUGGUGCUAAAAAAGACCUAAUUUAGAUGCAGCUUAUUUGAAUAUUGAUAAUAGUGAUAAUUGAAAUAUGAAGCUGAAUUGAAAUUUAUAUUAUUUAUGCUUUUGAACAAAAGAUUUGCUUGACAACUUUUUAGAAAGUGAAAUGUGUUUUAGGCAUUUAGAGAACAGAUUAUCUAAGUAUUUUGUCAGAACUCAAAUAUAUAUUGAAAGCAAAGCACUCAUUACAAAUGAAUUUUCAUAUUUUUCAAAUCUGAUUUGAUUUGGUAACUAUUUUUAAGAUAAGAACCUCAUUGCAUAUUCUAAGUGAAUUUACUGACUACAUAUGAAUCACAGAGUAGAAGAGUACUAGAGAUGUAGAUAAGAGGAAUAAAAUGUGAGCUAGUUCUUAAUUUUGGAGAGGACAUAGGAAUUCACAUUAAAUAUUUCACUUCUAAACAAUAUUAGCAAGCAUGUUUUCAGACACUAAAGGCUUUUAGGAAAAGGAGGAGUGGUAGCUAUGUUUUAAUGGAUGGUUAGAUUUAGUUACAUAGAUAAGAGAGUAGAUAAAUUCCAGCCAGAGAAAAAAGCACAAAACGAAUUUGGGAUGGAAUUGUCCACCCAACCUUGGGAACGACAACCUAGUUCACAUACAGGGCUCAUGUUAGAUAAAGGCUAAGCGUUAAAGUUAGACUGCCAAUACAGAGCCAAUCUCUGAAGAGCUGUGAAAACCAAUCACAGUGGAUAGGACUUUAUUCCGGACAUGGUUAAGAGUCAGUGAAGAUAUUUAAGAAGAGAGUCAAAAAAUGAAUAUAUAGAAAGAUUAUGUAGUAAACAUGUACAGUGUAGAUUUGAUGAGGGGAGAUAGAAAAAUCAUUUAAGAGUCUACUGUAAUUUCAGGUUCUGUGAUGAAGGCUUGGACUGGAGUCAUGGCAAAAAGAUUGGUGAUAUUUCUAAAUUAGAGAAACAAAUCUAACUUGGUGACUCAUUGUAUAUAUGAGACAUUUAUGAAAAAA